AUGGCUGGCCGACGAUCUGGAUUACAGCAACAGGUGAUCAACUUUUACAGAGAAUGCUUCCGUGAAGCAAGAAAGAAACCAGUGGAAGCACGGCCCCGGUUUCAUGCAUACAUUCGACGCGAGUUUCGAGCACACAACAUCCGCAAAAACGACUUUGUUACUAUAGAAUACAUGCUACGUCGAGGCAAGAAACAACUAGAAACCUACAGCAACCCCAGUAUCCAAGACAUCCACUUGUAA